UGCACAGUAUUGUCUUUUAUCGAUGGCGGUUAUGAUAUCGUUUAGGACCUUGAGUGUGUCUGAGGUGCACCCAUGACCCGCUCAGAAACCAGAUGGCAUAGCAGAGAAGGUGUGGUGGGAUUCGAAAUUGUGUGAUCUGUGAUCUGUUUGUUAACUUGGCUUUCGAAGAUUUUAGAAAGGCAGGGUAGGAUAGAUAUAGGUCUGUAACAGUUUGGGUCUAGAGUGUCUCCCCAUUUGAAGAGGGUGAUGACCGUGGCAGCUUUCCAAUCUUUAGGGAUCUCAGAUGAUACGAAAGAAAGUUUGAACAGGCUAGUCAUAAGGGUUGCAACAAUUGCGGAGGAAAAGUUUAGAAAGAGAGGGUCCAGAUUGUUUAGCCCAGCUGAUUUGUAGGGAUCCAUAUUUUGCAGCUCUUUAAGAACAUCAGCUAUCUGGAUUUGGGUGAAGGAGAAAUGGGGGAGGCCUGGGCAAGUUGCUGUGGGGGGUGCAGAUGUCACGGCCAUCUUCCUGGAAGGAAUAAGUGGACCAAAGUGCAGCGUGGCGUAUGUUUCCGAGCUGCAGAGUCACUGUGACAGGGUUGAAUCCUCAGGCUAAGUAUGUGUUGAUGAUGGACAUGGUCUCGUUUGAUGACGACAAAUACAAGUGGAGCAGGGAUCGCUGGGAAGUGAGUGGUAUGACCGAGUCACAUCUUCCCAACCGCUUCUUCAUCCACCCAGACUCUCCCUCCCUGGGGGAGAGGUGGAUGCAAUACCCCGUCUCGUUCCACAAGCUCAAACUCACCAACAACACCCUCAACUCCAGUGGCCUGGUGGUUCUUCACUCCAUGCAUAAGUACCAGCCCCGUCUGCACAUCGUCCAAUCUCCAGACCCCUACAACCCUCUGUCAGGGGGCUACCUGCGCUUUACCUUCCCUGAGGCAGCCUUCAUAGCUGUCACUGCCUACCAGAACUCAGAGAUAACAAAGCUCAAGAUAGACAACAACCCCUUUGCAAAAGGAUUUCGUGACAAUGGGCUGAACAGAAAAAGGUUCAGAGAAAAGGAAGGUCAGAGCUCCGAAAAACUAAAUGAAAGACAACUCCAGAUGGAAUUGAAAUCUUCAAAUGGAUCCAGACCAGUGGAGUCAGAUGAUGAGGCUGAUGUCAUCGUCUCAAGCUCUAGCUCAGUGAAUUCUUAUGGUGCAGCAGAAUCCAGGACUGAUUACAUCACGUCUCUCUCUGCUGCACAUAACCCCUUAAUCUCUGCCUUCAUGAACUGGGGGGCUGCGGCUGCAGCCCUGCCCUGUGGCCAGGAGGGAUGGGGGGUCCAGGACACAAUGACCCACAACACCCACACAUACAACACACUUACUACCAGGGACUAUGGCAGCCCUGGGCAGCAUAACGAAGCCAGGCAUACUGGUUUAUCAAACGUUGCUUCUCCUCUCUUCCUCCCACACCCUCCACUGGGCCAGACUCACCACCUAGGGUCUGUUGGCUUCAGAAGGCCCCAGGCGCAGAGCAGGAAACCAGUGGGGCCUCACCCACUUCACCACCGAGGAGGUCCAAGUGGUCCAGCACCAGAACUCUCCCAUAGCCACAGCCACACAUCAGACCACCAGCCUCAGCAGCAGCAGCCACAGCCCCAUCAGGCUGAGUUUGACUACCCUCUCCCCCUGCCCCCAAAGGUCAGCAGGAUGCACCUAACUGAGAGUGCCCUGCGUAGCCUGGAGAAGAGCCCCUCCCCCUCGGUGUCCGGCAGCCCUUGGUCCCUCACCGACAUGCUCAACAGGAUCCAAAGCAGGGAAGGGUUUGGGAUCAACUCAGUGAGCCUCCAGGGGAAGCUGCUCUAUGCCCAGACCCAGUAUGAGAGGCGAGGCCUGGAGCUGGGGGUGAACAAGGAGCUCCGGCCACCACAGCCCAAUCCACCACUACCUGAUGAUGAGCCAGAGUACCUGCCUCUCCACAACAUGAUGCGCUACCACCAGAACAGCUUGAUUGGCUCUGCUGGGCUGCUAAGAGACAACUAUGUGGACCCUAGAGUGCCCUCCUGUAAGUCACCUAUACUCAACCUAUAAGUGAUCUCUUGUUCAGUAAACACAACAGGUCAGGUAGACAUGAACAUUUUCCCCCACAUGUGGACAUCUAGCAACAUCCCUGGGUACACUUGAGGCAAAUUAAUAUGCAAUAUUGAUUCAUGUAUAGUUAAUUUCUCUUUGCUAUGUUAGACAUUGCAAAAAAAAUCCAUAUUUUUCAGUUGUAAAAUAGGGAAGUGGUUUGCUAGGAUAAGGAACUGGGGACUCUUUUGCCCUGACAUUAGAUGUUUUAUCAUUUGUAAGGGGAGCUAACAACUAUGCAAUAGAUUUGCAUGUCUUAACCAUCAACAUGUUUCCCCACUUUCUUGGGACAUUGUAAUUAACAGUAAAUAAUGAGUGAGAUUAUAUGUGAGAUGUGAAUGCAGAAGGGCAGUGGUUAAUCAAACAUACAAAAUAGUUUUGUUUGUUUUGAUGUUAAGGCUGAUAACAUUAGCCAUAUCCAUACUGUAUGUGUCGUUGUCAUGCUAGACAAGUUGGCUACAGCACGUACAGCAUAAGAGUUAUGGGACGAGGAUAAUGUAACAGGCCACUGGUAACUGAUUCUCUGAAAGAAUACUGAGGAAACUGUAUGAGGUGGCAGAAUAUUUAUUACAGGGAAGUGAAUCAUACUUUGCAACAGCAAGACUGGAGGAUAUGAGGGUCACAUGUUCACAUGCUGAAAUAUCCAUUUGGGACCAGUUUUCCAGUAGUAUGUAAUGUAACAAUCUACAUAAAUCCAAAAUAGACAAAUUCACAUAAACACAUUUAUUAAGUUUGAAUAGAUAUUGUAUAUUUCAAUAAUGUGCAAUCUUUUUUUAAAUAUAAAUACACUGUAUUCUGAAAGUAUUCAGACCCGGUUAUACAUGUGUGCAAAUUUACAACAAUAAAAACUGAAAUAUCACAUUUACUUAAGCAUUCAGACCCUUUACUCGGUACUUUGUUGAAACACCUUUGGCAGCGAUUACUGCCUCGAGUCUUCUUAUGUAUGGACGCUACAAGCUUAGCACACCUGUACUUGGGGAGUUUCUCCCAUUCUUCUCUGUAGAUCCUCUCAAGCUCUGACAGGUUGAAUGGGGAGCGUCGCUGCACAUCUGUUUUCAGAUCUCUCCAGGGAUUUUCGAUCGCGUUCAAGUCCGAGCUCUGGCUGGGCCACUCAAGGACAUUCAGAGACUAGUCCCGAAGCCACUCCUGCGUUGUCUUGGCUGUGUGCUUACGGUCAUUGUCCUAUUGGAAGGUGAACCUGAGGUCUGAGGUCCUGAGCACUCUGGAGCAGAUUUUCAUCAAGGAUCGCUUUGUACUUUGCUCUGUUCA